AUAUUACGUAAUAAUUGCAUAGAAGCAAUUGCAUCAGAUCUUUGCUUUUCCAUGAUUUGAUUGCAAACUGAAGGUCACUGUUCACUGGUAUUGGACAUCCUGUUUCUAUUUGCCUAGCCAGAAUGAUACCGUUUAUGAGUCUGACGGCAGUACUUUCUAGUUUCUACCUUCCGACGAGAUUCGCCGUCGCCAUGGAAUCAGUUAUUUAUCGAAUCAGUGCCAUAGAAAAUCAGUGCCACAUCAAUUGCAUUGGCAAGCGUAAAUGUUUCAGGUGAAAUGGACAAGCGCAAAACAUACAGCAAUGGAGCUGGAGGUGCUUCAAAAAGGUUCAGAGGUGAGGAUGAAGAUACACCCAUGUCCACCUUUGAGGAGGAGCUGGCCCUACUGGAGAGUGAAGAAAGUGAACUGAUUGCUUCAGAAGACUCACUGCAACCAGCUCCAGAGAGUCAGGAGGUGGACGCGCGAUGGAGUCGCCCGGACCUCCCGCCGCUGGAUCCGGCUGCAGACGACAUCACAUUCCAGCAGAUGGAGACAGACUACUAUCUCGGUUACCCCCUGCCGGGUAUGCCGGGCGCUCAGACGGGUCUGAUACCCAUAAUGCGCAUGUUCGGCGUCACAUCCGAGGGUCACUCUGUGUGCUGUCACGUGCACGGGUUCGCGCCGUAUCUGUUCGUGCCCGUGCCAGAGUUCUUCAAGCCGGAGUGGUGUGCUACCUUCCAGCGAGUCCUCAACACAGCCAUGAUGCGGGAGACCAAGUCUGUGACGGAGGUGCCGCAGGCGGUGCUGGACGUGGAGCUGGUGAAGCGGCAGUCCAUGUACGGCUACCAGGGCGCCGGGCCGGUGCCCUUCCUCCGCAUCACCGUGGCCCAGCCUCGUCUGGUGGCCGCCGCCAAACGGAUGCUGGAGCGCGGGGAGGUGGUGGUUGAUCAGCUGGGCGGCUGGCAGUACCGCGCCUACGAGUCCAACGUCGACUUCGAGAUCAGGUUCAUGAUCGACACGAACGUGGUGGGCUGUAACUGGAUCACGCUCCCGGCGGGCUCGUGGCGGCGGCGCACCGUGGACCCCUCCGGAGGACCCCAGCCGGUCUCUCUGUCUCAGCUGGAGGUGGACGUCGCCUGGAACAAAUUCGUCUCGCAUCCGCCGGAGGGCGAGUGGCAGAAGGUGGCGCCGAUCCGCAUCCUCAGUUUCGAUAUCGAGUGCUCCAACAGGAAAGGUAUAUUUCCGGAGCCGGAAAAGGACGCCGUCAUUCAGAUCGCCAACAUGGUCAUCAACCAGGGGGACAAGGAUCCUUUCAUCCGCAACAUCUUCACUCUGAAGUCGUGCGCGCCCGUCGUGGGCUCCGACGUACGCAGCUAUGAAGACGAGGGCGUCCUGCUCAGGGACUGGGCGGACUUCAUUCGUCAAGUGGACCCUGACAUCAUCACCGGCUACAACAUCAACAACUUUGACCUGCCGUACCUCAUCAACCGGGCCAAGGCUCUGAAGGUGGCCACCUUCCCCUUUUUGGGCAGGAUUCGCGGCAGGAGGACCGAGGUGAAGACUACGGUUUUACAGAGCAAGCAGAUGGGCAAGCGGGAGAGCAACACGAUCAACACCGAGGGUCGCACACAGUUCGACCUCAUCAUGUUCCUCCGCCGCGAGUACAAGCUGCGCUCCUAUUCGCUGAACGCCGUAUCGUUCCACUUUCUACAAGAGCAGAAGGAGGACGUGCACCACAACAUGAUCAGCACGCUGCAGGAGGGAGACGCCCACACUCGGCGCAGGCUGGCAGUGUACUGUCUGAAGGACGCCUACCUGCCGCUGAAGCUGAUCGACAAGCUGAUGUGUGUCAUCAACUACAUGGAGAUGGCGCGCGUCACGGGCGUGCCCAUGUCUUUCCUACUAACGCGCGGACAGCAGAUCAAGGUUGUCUCACAGCUGCUGAGAAAGGCGCGGCAGCAGGGGUUGGUGAUGCCCGUGUAUGAAAACAAGGGCGGUGACACCGGCGAGUCGUUUGAAGGAGCUACUGUGAUCGAGCCGCGCAAGGGCUACUAUGACGUGCCCAUCGCCACCCUCGACUUCAGCAGUCUGUAUCCGAGCAUCAUGAUGGCGCAUAACCUCUGCUACACUUCGCUACUGGAGCCCAAGGACAUCGACAAGUACGGCCUGAAGCCAGACCAGUACAUCAAGACGCCUUCUGGAAACCUGUUUGUGAAGCCGUCACUGCGGCCGGGUCUGCUGCCGGAAAUUCUCCGAGAGCUACUGGCGGCCCGAAAGAAGGCCAAGGGCGAUCUGAAGAAGGAGACGGACCCGCUACGGAAGCAGGUGCUGGAUGGCAGGCAGCUGGCCCUGAAGAUCAGCGCCAACUCUGUAUACGGCUUCACGGGUGCCACGGUCGGCAAGCUGCCCUGUCUGGAGAUUUCGCAGAGCGUCACCGCCUUCGGACGCAUGAUGAUCGAAAAGACCAAAGAGGAGGUGGAGAAGCGCUACAACAUCGCCAAUGGCUACAAACACGACGCCAAGGUGAUUUACGGUGACACCGACUCCGUGAUGGUUCGGUUCGGAGUCAGUACUGUCAAAGAUGCCAUGGAACUGGGAAACGAGGCGGCCGCCUUCGUCUCGGGGAAGUUCGUCAACCCCAUCAAACUCGAGUUCGAGAAGGUAUACUUCCCGUACCUGCUGAUCAACAAGAAGCGCUACGCUGGUCUGUACUUCACACGACCUGAGAUUCACGACAAGAUGGACUGUAAGGGAAUCGAGACGGUACGCCGUGACAACUGCCCCCUGCUGGGAAACCUCAUCAACGUUUGUCUGCAGAAGCUGCUCAUCGAACGGGACCCGGACGGCGCCGUGGACCACGCCAAGCAGGUCAUCUCCGACCUGCUCUGCAACCGAAUCGACAUCAGCCAGCUGGUCAUCAGCAAGGAGCUCACCAAGACGGACGCCGACUAUAGCGCCAAGCAGGCGCACGUCCAGCUGGCCAACAAGAUGAAGAAGCGAGACCCGGGCAACGCGCCCAAACUCGGCGACCGUGUGCCCUAUGUGAUCAUCGCGGCACCCAAGAACACGCCCGCCUAUGAUAAGGCUGAGGACCCGAUUUACGUGCUGGAGAAUAGUGUGCCGAUCGACUGUCAGUACUACCUGGAGAACCAGCUGAGCAAGCCGCUGCUGCGCAUCUUCGAGCCCAUCCUCGGAGAGAACAAGGCCGAGUCGAUCUUGCUCAAGGGUGAGCACACGCGCACAAAGAAAGUGGUUACCUCCAAGGCGGGCUCUCUGUUCGCCUUUACCAAGAAGGCCGCCCAGUGCCUGGGCUGCAAGACGGUGCUGAAGGAUGAAACCCAGGCGGUGUGCCCCUACUGCAAGGAGAAGGAGGGUGAGAUCUACCAGCGAGAGAUGACGGCUCUGUCAGCCCUGGAGGCCAAGUUCGGCCGGCUGUGGACACAGUGUCAGCGCUGUCAGGGCAGUCUUCAUGAAGAGGUUAUCUGUACCAGCCGGGACUGUCCCAUCUUCUACAUGCGGAAGAAGGUGCAGAAGGAUCUGACCGAGCAGGACAAGAGGAUAGAGCGCUUCGGCAUCCCCAGCUGGUGAACACGUUCCUGAUGUCUCUGCUCUCCUGAUGGUGCGCGCCUUGCAAGGGCGCAGGCGUCGUGUUGUGGUUUCCGACUCUUCUUGGGCCGUCCUUCAUGACUGCCGCCGGUGGUUGAGCGAUGGCUUACCACCAACCUGUAGAUUCAGUGGAGCAGGUCCCCGCAACCAGUUGCUGUCGAGCUGUGAUGCUUUUUGUGGUGUGAAACACUCUGCCUUUUUGCGCUUGUAGGAACGAACCAAGGCAAACGCGAGGAAAAGUGAUGUUCAUGAUACAUGUUGCCAGUUUCGGACUGGCAUGUGCCUUCAUUUUGGUGUUUGGCGUGUCGUAGGUUCAUGCUUGGCUGGGUGUCGGAAUGUCAGCCCAGGGCCUGUGUGCCUGAAUGAUGUAGGGUGGAUCUUCAUUGCAUUUCGUGAGCACUCUUGAAUGAUUGUUAUGUACAAAUACAACAGACAAUAAACACAUAUAAGUUGA